AUGAGCGUUCCAGCGCCAGAAAAUCCCGCCACAACCUGGUCGCCAAUACUCACCGUCACCUUCGUGGUUGACGCCAUGCCCAGCCCGGCCGAUCAAACACUUCAACUUGAGCUCCCCCCGCGAACGGACCGGCUCAUGGUCCGCCAUGUUACGGCGGCGCUCCCAGGCUUCAUCCCGCCUGAACUCUUGACCUCGCCCGAAACCCCCAUCAUCCAGCUAGUCACGUUCGACCAAGAUAACAUCAUGCGAGUGCAACAUGACAACACAGUUGUGAAGACGUCGCAGCUCAUGGCGGUUGUUUCCUUCAGGUGCAGCAAAAACAAUCACGACCGCCGAUCGUUCGAGUUCUUUGAGGGACGAAAGACAUGCAAGUCGUGCACUGAUGACAACGCCAGAUAUCGUAAAAAAGCUACUGCCAAGAAGGCUGCGUUGAAAGAUCAGCAGGCGAGCGAGCCAGCCGAGGAGCCAGCCGAGGAGCCAGCCCAGGAGGCAGCCAGAAACGCUCCGACAACGAGGCUCGCCGAGCUUGCCCACACCCGCCUGAUGUUCAACGAUCCGCAGAGCCUGGAGGACUUCUGGGAAAGCCAACAAAGUACAAUCGACUUGCGUUUGAAGCACGACUACUGUCCUGGUCAGUCACGCAGGUCUCAGGUCAGAGAUGAGAUGGAUUCGGCUUCGCCUGUUCUCUCUGCCCACGCUCCACAUGAUGCUGAAGACGACCUUGCUGCAUCGUCCGUGUCUUCGGUUCCGGAAGCUCAGCUCACCCACGCAGACGAGGUUUCCGAGUCCAUUGAUGAGGAUGAUCUCAACUCGCACCCAGGCACGUCGCCGGUUUACCUCACGCAAGAUGAGCGUGACCAACUCAACCUCUGGUUCGAGAACCGACCCGUGCUGUGCUCAAGGACACAGCGCUUCUGGUGCUUCAAUCACCGGUCAACAAGCAGCAAGGAGCCGUCUCCAGCUUCGUCGAUGAUUCAAGACCGAUUUCUCGAAUCAUUAGACUUCACACACCCCAUGCAUACGCAUCGACUCGACAACGACUUCCGCGUGCAGCCAGGAUUAGGGCAAGGCUCGUGUACCUUUGCCAUUUCGAAAUCCGACCUGGUUCAAGUAGACGGCAACACGCUGCAGGUUGUUGGUUGGAGAGUUUCUCUCGCCGGCCAGCACGAUGCUCGGUGCACGGAGGGCGUCUUUGCUCACAAGCAGUUAGCGCAUCCGAGCAUCCAAACAUGGGCAUUUGAUCUCGCAUCCAAGCGCUGCGACGUCACAUCGAUCGUCCAACAGUUUCAAGGCAGCGCCUCAAACCCGCCACCCGUCCCACACCCGUCUUGGAACGUUCCACUGACGUCUGGUCGUUGGUAUCCUUCGCAUGACGCUUUACGCAUGAUGGUCAAGGCUUUCAACCCCGAGACGGCUGGUUCCGAGGCAAUGCGCAUGGAAGACUUGUUAACCAGCCCAACCUCGCGUGCGCUGGCGCACCCGCAUCCUGUGGGUCGGUGUGGAGUUUGUCCUGGCAUCAAGUCAUAUCAACAGUAUCCAGACGUACUCUUUCAUCAGGCCCAGGAUCCUAAUUGCCGUGAUUCGCCAGGCAUUCUUGUUCUGGUCACGCCGUGCCAACGCGCAAUGUGGAGCUCGCUGCGCCCUCAAGUCCUGUUCCUCGACACCACCUACAAGGUGACCAAGCUCCGCUGGGGCUUGACGGCGCUUGUUGCAGCAGACGAGUGCGGUUCAGCCGUUCCCCUGGCGUUCAUGAUAGCCUCCAACGAUACCGCGGCAGUGUACGCAAAAUUCUUGUCGGUGCUCAAGGAGGCGCUCGGCCCUUGCUUCCAGCCUCUGCGUUUUGUGAUUGACAAGUGCAAAGCCGAGGCAGCUGCCAUCAGGGAGGCCGUCAAUGUUCAGAUUUCCACUUGCUGGUUUCAUGUCAAGCAGGCCGUCCUGCGCAAUAUUUCUCAUCCCGACAUUGAGAAGAUCCUCAAGAAAGUUCGGCGUUCCAGGUCCCUGGAGGAGCUUGAAAGCCGCGUGAAGAGCGUCAGAGAGGCCGGACUGAGCGAGAAGGACUUGGCGUACCUGGAGAAAGAAUGGUUUGCCAAGGGCCAAAUCGAAACCUGGACGCUUCCGCAUAUCGGAACCAUCCCGAAAGCGUUGGACCAGGGUUCUACCAACAAUUUGAUUGAGAGACUCUUCAAGUCAAUCAAAAUGACGCAUCUCAACUCCAACUCGAACUCGGAUUUGCCAACGCUGGCGACCAAGCUCAUUCGGGAUGUCAAUGAGAAGUUUUGCUUGAAACGUCAAUGGCUCCUCGUCAACGUUCCAAAUCUCGCCUGCCUCCCCAAGUAUCGCGAGCGUAUCUGGAACUACGAGUCGACAGCCAAGGCCAGAGUGCUGGACAACCGUGUCGUGAUACUCGACAACAACGCUGGUGUUGGCAUGGUGAUCCCGGAAUCAGCAACCCUACGCAGCGAGGACUUGAGGGACUUUGCAACCGGUCACAUGAAGACCCACGGACUUGGUCAAAGCACCGAUAUCGGAGACUAUGCGUUGGUACCACAGGACUACUGGCACAAAUUGCGCGACGAUAUUUAUCGGGGAUACAAGAAGAGUGUUACCAUCGUCGUCGUCAAGUCCCGUUUUUGCACCGACUUCCACGACUGCUCCCUCGUGUGCACGCACAUUAGAGCUGCUGCCCGCCUGCUUGGUGGACUGGAAGUGUUUGGUAUCGCGUUGGACGCGCUCAUUCAAGAUCGUGAGGCUCCAAGUCCUGUCCGCACAACUGCAGACCCUGAGACGCCUGUCUCAGUUGGUGCAGAUGUUCCGCAAGACCAGAACUCGAGUGAACCAAGUUAUGAGCACGGCAGUGGCGAUGGCAUGCAUGUCAGGGAAGCAGAAAUGUUUGAACCGACUUCUUCGACUGUUUCGACUUCGUCUACGGCAGCGGAAGAGGUUACACCCUCGGUCGCACCACCCUCGGUUGCACCCUCAGUUGCACCCUCAGUUGCACCCUCAGUUGCACCCUCAGUUGCACCCUCAGUUGCACCUUCGAUCACACUACCGUCAAUACGCACAGCUAUGCAGGCUACGAGCCUGUUUCAAGACGACGACUCCGACUCCGACGACAGCGACUCACCACCUUUGAGGCACUCGUCCCAGGCGCAGAAAGUCGUCCACGAGAUCUCGCUUCGACUGCAGCCAGUGUUUGAUGAUUUGCAAAAAUUAUCUUUGCCAGUCAAAGCGCUCGCAACCGUCGUGAAGGCAGUUCGAACGUUCGCUACCCGCUCCCUGAGUUCAGUCUCUCGACAGCGAGCAAUGCGCACCCUGUUUACUGAUAAAACUUUUAAUCAAACAAAGCGGCAGGCUCAAAAGACCCGGGCAGCGACUAUCAGCGCGAAGCGAGCUGCAGCUUACGCAAAGCACACAGAGUACGCUGCUCGCAAAGUGCCGGGCGUCAAGCCGAGCUUCAGACCCGCUGUCAGGCCACCAAAGUCCUCACUGCGCGCCAGCGCUGCGUACAUCGUCGCUGGCGAUGUGGAAGCGUUUGAAAGGUCGGAAGAUCAGCGCCGUCGUUCUGCGCAAAUGCCCGUCAACUCCGUUGCCAACAGCUCCAGUCAAAGUGCUCCAGCAGAUGGUUUGACGGAGACUGCUGGUACACGGCGGCGCAGAGCUCUAUCGCUUGAUGCGGGCACCAACUCGUCCGAGGAGAGCUCACGCAAGCGCGCUCGUCUUGACGCCGCCUCGAAACAUUGGUUCGAUCACCUCUAUCAAGACAACGCUGGUUUACCUGCCAAUACUCGCCCCAGUCGAUCUCGGCAACACGUGUUUGGCAACCGCGAGCCUGACAGUGAUGAUGGCGAUUUGAGCGACACGGACAGCGACGACGACAGCGAGCCUUUUGAGCCCGACCUGCGCGACCUGGACCGGCCCGAUCGAACGUUUUUGAAAAGAUGUGCCUCCCAACAACGUCCGUAG